ACACCACUAGCUUAAACUCAGAUUUCGUAGAGACCCUUGGUAACAGGUUAACAAUAACGGUGUUUCUGUCCCAAACUAUAGCUCAAUGUUCAGUCCCAUUCCGGGCCAGUGUGUGCAUGUGGGGAAGGUACGGCCAAGCGCACGGUUCCCGCCUUCCCUGACGUCACGUGUUGCCAUGGCAAGAAUCCUUAUCUAGGGAUGGCAAUGCAUAAUAUUUCUUAAGCUACAACCCAGCCACAGAGUAAGUCCCUGCUGAGAACUAUAUAGAGAGAUGCAAAGUGCAUAAUUCCUAUGGCAAUAUUGGUCUAAAUUGUUUGCCCCACAAUGCACGCAUAUUGUCCACCAACGCUGAGUACGUGUCAGAAUCCUGUACGACUUAAGUGAUCAUGUGUAUUCUGACUCGUGACUCAAGACCCAUCGCCCACCAGUCCGGCACCAGCAGUCUCUCUCUCUUGCUGGUCCGCGCACUACUUCAGAACCCAUCCACCCGCCACGGCCUACGCCUCGAGCGGUCCUGCAGCCUCUCCACUCUCUGUGCUGGAAGAGGUGACGACGGCCACUCCCUGACGCUGCUCUUCACAAACACUAAAGUCAUCUCGCCUCUCACCAUGGUGACUUCACGUGGCUCCUUGCAAGUGGUCCUCUCCCUUGUUUUCCUCCUUGCCUUACUUUCCACUGCAGAAGGAGGAUGUCGACGAAGCAGCCAGAUCGAAUGUCAGAGCGGCGGCCAGUGUAUUUCAAAAAACGGUAUUUGUAACCAGAUACGAGAUUGUUCGGACGGUUCAGACGAGGACGCCAGCCUGUGUAAGCUAUGGUCGCAGAGGAGUCAACACUGCCAUCAUGAUCCUGCCAGUCCCUUCUACUAUAGCGGAGGGUGUCGGACGGCAUACUACAUGUGUCUGAACGCCAGAGAAACCAGUGAAAUAAAUUCGAGAAUUUGUGAGAUUAUUCUUCAACCAAAACUGGACGUCAGGAAGCUAGAUGGUAUGAACAUGAGCAGUGAGGUGAUCUCCUUGCUGAAUUCAGCUGUUAACUCCACCUUGAAUUAUAAGACGCCAGACUGCCCCAUGCUGUACCUCCGCGUCGGAAAUGAUUGUCUCUCUUUCUUCUCACCAGCCAAGGUGUCGUGGGCAGAGGCUCGACAGUUCUGUCUUAGCAUCUAUGGUGACCUGUGGCAUGCAAAGGAUUUUGAAAGUUAUGGCCGCCUAAUGGAGUAUAUGAGAGAGGAAAAACUGACCUCUAAUUACUGGAUUGGCGGACGCUACGAUAUUGAUACCAAUGCAUGGUCGUGGACGGCAGACGACUCUGCCAUGCCCCUUGGCGCUCCAUUCUGGUCGAUGAAGUACGAGGACUCCUGCGUGCAAAGGGGACCUCCACACACCGACCCAUAUUCCGCACCGCCCGCAGCUCUACCCGGGGCCCGCUGUUAUCGAGCCGUCUUAUCUCCACAAAAAAGAUCUCCGGGCUGGUGUUCUGCAAUGACCUACGAGCACUUCUACUACUGGACUGACGAGAUGUGUGAUGAAGCCUUCAGCCCACUGUGCACCUUCACUGGCCCCGUCGCCGCCCCCGUUGUGGCUGACGCUCAUUAGGAAGUGACUAAUUUUUUUGCAGGUUAUGAAACCUUCCUAUGACAUGUUAAGUUAGCACGUACAGAAGGCUAUACGAAGUCUUAGCACAAUGUCUUGUAAAUUUUGUUCAGCAUCUUGAAAUAUGAUUGUCAUUGUUAUACUUUGUACACUUUGGGCUCAACAAAAUACCAUUCAAUCAACUAAUAUAGUAACGCUUUAACUAUGGCAUAUUGCAUUUAGAAAGGAUUACUGAUGUGAUGGUCAUCACAAAUUCGCCGGUGUAUCAAGGUGUAAAGCCCGGUGAGGCUAUUACGCAGCGUUGGUUAAGCUUAGUAGUACGUAUAAUAUAUAAAUGUAUGAGACCUGAGGCUGGUCGCUCGCCAGAGAGGCACAAGAUGGGUCACAUGGUAUGCCAGUAGGUACAUACCGUCACACCAAUGAUUGUAAGCGAGAAGAGAAAGUGUCCCAAGACUUGUCACGAUAUUUAGUGGCAGAACGUGAAGAAUCGGUCGCUCAACUACCCACACUUAACUUUUCUGUCUUGGCACGGUACUUCCAAAUUUGGGGUUAUACUUGUAGAAGGCAGGAGUAUUUGGUAGUUGGGGCCGAAGUGCACGUGGACAAUUCACAGUUAGGUUUCUCUUGUGUUCUCCAAAGUCUUCCUGAUAUACAUUGUGAAUCUUUUAUGGCGAGACUAAUGAAAAACUUUAAAAAAUAAAUUUGGUUUGUUUUGUGAGUCCAA